AUGCUGAGGUGGAUGUUGGGAAUCAGUCUAAGAGAGCAGAGAACAAACGAAGAGGUGUUACCUGAAGCAGGAGUCACAAGCAUUAUUAGCAAGAUCAAAGAGGCAAGACUCACAUGGUUCGGCCAUGUGAAGAGAAGGCAUGAAGAAGAAGGCAUACGGAAAGCGAUGGAUCGGCCUAUCCCUGGACAGCGGAGCAGAGGAAGACAAAGAAAGAGGUGGCGGGAUUGUGUGAUGGCUGACAUGAAGAAAAGGAACAUCGAAGAACAGUGGGCACAAGACCGAAAGAAGUGGAGAAAAGCAGUAUGUGGAAAGUGA